GUGUCGCACGCGGUUCUGGUCCGUCCCCGCAGCCGGUCCGGGUGUGUAAUUGUCCGGGUGGCGGCGGCGCUGCUGCGAGAGCGGGAAUGGCCGAGGGCGCGGAUCUCAUCGACAUUUACGCGGAUGAGGAGUUUAAUCAGGAGACUGAUUAUGUUGCUAACGAUCAGAUUGACCUGUACGAUGACGUGAUCACGCCAGGGGAUGGCAACGCACACGAUGGGCCGAGUUACGAUGAGAUAAUCCCGCGGGCGGCGGGGGAGCCCCAGAAAUCGGACAACGCAAGGCCCACCAUUGUCUACACAUACGGAGGAAAACGACAGGCCGUCUACGUGGGAAACCUUACCUGGUGGACAACAGACCAGGACGUGGCUGAUGCUGUGCAUUCGGUGGGGGUGCAGGAUCUGCUGGAGAUCAAGUUUUACGAAAAUAGAGCCAACGGGCAGUCCAAGGGGUUUGCGGAAGUCUAUCUGGGAUCUGAAUCUUCUGUCCGACGCCUCAUGGAGCUGCUUCCCCAGCGAGAACUACACGGCCAGCAUCCGGAGGUCAUGCCCUGCAAUAAACAGAACCUCAACCAGUUUGAAGCCCAGUCCAAGAAAAGGCAGAACCCACAGAGAAGCCAGUCGCACGACUCUGCAAGCUCCCCAGAUCACCGGGACUCGCCGCUGCCCCGGAGAGGCCCCUCCCCAGCGGAGAACGCAGUGGCCCCUCCCAGGAGAGAUAAGAUGCCCAUGGCAUUCCAGUUCCCAGGUCGGCCUCCGUACGGAGAGAUCCCGCACGGACUCCCCCCACCCGGCCUGCCGCCCCCACCAAUGUCACUGCCCCCGGCUCACGGAUAUGGCCCGCUCCCUCAUCAGAUGCAGCACGGUCCUCUGCCCCCGCCCGGCCCCUUCCUGCCGCGGCCUGGCCCUCCCGGGCCUAUGGUUCCCCCUCUGCCUCCUGGCCUUCCUCCUCACUUAGCGGUCCCUCCUCCGGGGGCCGUGCCACCGGCUCCUCACAUCAACCCGGCCUUCUUUGUGCCCCCGAACAACAACUUGCCUCCCCCGGAGAACAGAGGCCUCCCACUGCCUCAGGAUCCCUUUGGCCGGCCACCACCACCUCAGUAUAACCGAGAGGAGUUCAAACGUGUCAGAGAAUUGGACCCCGUGGGCCCGCCUCUGACUGAGGCCGAGUUUGAGGAAAUGAUGAACAAGAAUCGAGCCAUCUCCAGCAGCGCCAUCUCCAAAGCCGUGGCCGGAGCCAGCACAGGAGACUAUGGGAAUGCUAUUGAGACCCUGCUGACCGCGAUCGCUCUGAUCAGACAGUCCAAGGUCGCUGCCGACGACCGCUGCAAAGUGCUGGUCAGCUCCCUGCAAGACUGUCUCCACGGCAUCGAGUCCAAGUCCUACGGCUCAGGGUCCAGGAAGCGAGAGCGGUCACGUGACCGGGAGUACAGCCGCUCCCACGACCGGAGCCGGCGGCACCGGGAGCGCUCACACAGCGAGGACCGGCACGAAGACUAUUACCGGGAGAGGAGCCGGGAACGGGAUCGGCACAGAGACCGGGAGCGGGACCGGGAAAGGGAUCGGGAGAGGGAAUACCGGCAUCGCUAAGAGAAUGAUUUUCACCUUUGUACAGAUCCCGGAUCAGAAGAAAAAAAAUCAAAAACAAAAAUCAGGAAGAUCUUUUGAAACGAGUGGAGACGAGAGCUGAAUUCUAGGAUGAGGUGUGCGCGGAUAGCUGUGCACAAGGCCCGCUUACGGGACAAAUAUUCUCAAUAGAAUUGAGCUCUGGAGCCCAUGUCUGCUAUUAUGUAGAACAAUUGGUUUUGUUCAGCAAUUGUAUAUGUCAAAUUUCUUUUUUUAAAGAGAGAGAGAGAGCGAGACCUCGUUUUUUUCUGAGUUCAGUUUAGAAAGUUACAGGAUCAGGCAGGAGAACGUGGGAUUCAUUCUGUGUUGCCCGACAGCCUUGGCUUAUACCCAAGCGCCUGACUCUGUGAUCCACCCUGCUCCGAGCCCCAGUGUGUUUCACACACAGUCAGACACAGGACAGUGACAGGAGAGACCCCUGUCAUCCUCUAACGUUACAUUGAUGUGCAUUGCCUUGGAUGGGACGCUGUAACUGAACAUUUCUCUGCCCCUCUCUCCACCGCAGCCCACCCUCACCACCAUUAGUUUUAAUACUCUUCUCUUUUCCCAAAGUGAUGGUUCUUUUGAUCAUCAUUGUUAUAUUUGUAGCAGUCUUCAUGUUUUUUUUGUGUUGGGAGGGAGUAGGUGAAUAUAACCCUCCCCUCUCCCCCCACCCCCGCUCUCUCACUGUGAAAAUUUCUUUCCCCUGCAUGUCUGGGCGAUGUCUAUUCCAGCUUUGUUCAGUGUGGGCUUUUCUCUUUUGAGAUGGUGGUGGUGGGUUUGGUGGGGGAGGGGGAGUGGGAGAGGGGUGUGGAUGGGGGGGAAGGAAAGCUUUUUUUUAAAAAAAACAUUACCCCCUUUCAAAUUUGAACUUCAAGCAGAGUGAAAACUUUUAAAUCUUUUACAGGUGUGAAACCUGAAUGGUACAGGAUACACAUUGUACUACGUUUCCUCAUUAUUUACUAUUUUAGAUCAGUUAAAGCACAUAAAGCCCUUUUUAUCCCUCCUCUGCCAGGUCCUUUCUACCCACCCCCCCCCCCCCACCCCCCCAUAAACUGACUGCCAGCUUUCUCGUGCUGCUCGGCACUGCCAAAGGGGAGGAGGUUCAAUCUAUCUCCCGGGAACUCCCGGGUAUUUUACUUUGAGUGAAGAUUUACAGUAGUUACUUUUACUUUGACAACUGGAGUGGAACAGGAUUGAAAUGUUACUUGGGGGGGCAAACGUCAUGUAUUUGGGAAGCCAGACCCAAACACAAAGAAAUCCCGCCUCUGCUCUGUGCUGUCUCCCUUAUCCGCAACCCAAUGGGUCACAACUUGCUGUUUUCCUGCCCUUGUGUUGAACAGGAAGCCACCAAUAUACCCCUUCACGCAGCAUGUAUCCCUUCACCCUCAACUAGAUGGAGGUAGCGUGACCUGACUUCCAAUGUUACUGAGCACCAUGGGGACACCUCAUGGCAGGUACUGCAGCCCCGCUCUUGACCAGCCAGUCCAGUUGUCUUGUGCCUGGCUUAGAGCUGCAGUCUUUGCUUUCAAGUGCUCGAGGGAGAGCAAGUUUAAAGGGCAAUGUAACAGCAGAAGGUGAACCAAUGGUGAUGCGAUGGGGGUGAGUGAAAGGAUCUGUAGCCAUGGCUCCCUGGAUUUGAGGCAGCAGAUUGUGGCUUGUCAUGUCAUGGGGGCCGGGGUGCUUGUGAAUGCUAAUCCCAAAUCUCAGCCGUGCAGAAUACAAAGCGCAUUCCCUUUGAAAGGCUGACCUCAACUUGCAUCCAAGAUCAGUGUAGACCUUCACCUACUGGCUGGCUGGAAACAGCAAUGGUAUUGAGCACCACAAGGCAUGCAGCGAGCUCAACAAUGGCUGGUUUGGCUUCAAGAGAGUUUCCCAACACUGAAGCGCGGGACAGGGAGGAAGGGAACGAGAGAGAGAGAAGGGAGAAGCGACGAAUGAGCUUUAGCAUUCCUUUCAGGGUUUGAAUCUUGACUGUUCUCUGUUUUUUGUUUUUUUUUAACGAUGAGAAGGUAAUUUUUUAGUUGUACCAAUUUAAGGACAAAGAUUUGUCGGUGACUUUGUAUUCGGCUCGUGCGUUUACUGUGGAAUUAAAAAAAAUUAAAAUGAAA